AUGCAGCCUGACUGUCCCACGCCACGGGGGCCUGGGAAUGGCCAGAGCCAGGACCCAGGUCCCCACCGGCCAGGGGAGCUGGCCAAGCCCCCGUACAGCUACAUCGCCCUCAUCACCAUGGCCAUCCAGAGCUCCCCAGGCCAGAGGGCCACUCUCAGUGCCAUCUACCACUACAUCAUGGGCCGCUUUGCUUUCUAUCGAGACAACCGGCCUGGCUGGCAGAACAGCAUCCGACACAACCUGUCCCUCAAUGAGUGCUUUGUCAAGGUGCCCCGAGAUGACCGUAGACCCGGCAAGGGCAGCUACUGGACCCUGGACCCUGACAGCUACAACAUGUUCGAGAAUGGCAGCUUCCUGAGAAGGAGGCGCCGCUUCACCCGCAAGAGGGGGUCUGAGCCCGAAUCGGAGACCCAAAGGAAGGCCAAGAGCAGGGCCCGGGCAGGGCCAGGUCGCGGAGGCUAUCGGGCCGCUGGGAUGCCAGACCCUCAUGGUGAUGCCCGGGAGCAGAGGGGUACUUCUAGCCAGGCCAGGACUACCACUGGACCAUGUCUAGCCCCAUCCCUGGAGCUGCCUGAGCCCCAGGGUCUCUGCCAUCCCAAUCCAGAGACACCACCCAAUGAGAGCCUCUUUGGGGGUCUUGCGGAGGCCCUCCCUACCACCCCAGCUGGUCUAUACAUUUCCACGUCUGAGCCGCUGGCCCUGCCAGCCUCCCAGAUGCUGAUGGACCUGAAGGAGCCUACAGAGCCAGCCAGGUCUCCUGGACAGAGGGUGGACCCUCAAGAGCUUCCGCCCUCCUCCUCCUCCUCUUCCUCCUCUUCUGCCUCUCCAUGCCCAGCAUUUAGCCUGCCCCCAGGUUUCCCUGCCCCUCAGGGCCCUCAGCCCUCCCCAGCCCGCUUUCCAGAGAGUGAGGCCUAUGGCAAGGCAGGGCUACCCAUCUUUGGCAACUUUGGUGGGGCUGAAGCUCUGGGUGGCAGCUACCAGUGCCGGGUCCAAGCCCUGAGCUUCUGCAUGGACGAGCGGGGCUGCGGUCCGGGCCUGGAUCAUUUGCUCACACCUGCUCCGGCUUCCCCAGCCACCCCAACUCAGUCAGCUCCUUUCCAAUCCCCACUACCCCUUCGAGGGAACCAGAAGGAGCCCUGGACUGGGGGGACUUUCCCACUCCAAGGAGGAGGAAGCUACCAGCUAGGGCUACCCCACUGCCUCUAUCGGACCCCAGGCAUGUUCUUUUUUGAAUGAAGUCUCCUUCUGGCCCUCUGCUUCUUCCCUUGUACAGCCAGACAGGUUCCCCCAACUUCUUCAUGCAAGGACAUGCUUAAAGAAUGGACUCUUACCUGAGGGAUGGAGCUAAGCAAUACUCUCCAGAAGAUGCCCUGCUCCGUCUGUCGCCAGCACACUGGGUCUCUGAGAGAGAGGGUGCCAGGGAUGGCAAAGGAUAGGGCUCUCCCCUUGGUAAAGAUGGGGGCCAGAAUUCCAGGCCAGGGAGAGGAAUUAUUCUCACAAAUGUAUGAAAAACUAAGGAUUAAAUCACAGAACUAUUAGAUCUGGAGGGGACUUAAGAAGUCACCUAAUCCAACACCUUCAUCUUACAAAGGAGGAAGCAAAGGAGGGCAAUGACUUGCCCAAGGUCACACAACUAGUAGUACGUAGAGCCAGAGCCCAGACCUAGGUUUUCUGAGUCUUCUUAAUCCAGAGCUCUUCUCACUACUGAACAGGACUGAAGAAGCAACAGAAACAGGAGAUCUUUGUCUUCCUUGAAUGACACAGGGUUCUGCUUCCCGAGGAUCCCAGAAUUUGGGCCAGUGACCUCAUGGUCCUCCAUGGACAAACUUGGGGAGUGUGGGGAAGGAGGUGUGAGCCUGGACCUUUGUCAGAUUUUACUCAACACUCUACUUAAUAAAGCAAGUGAGUCUUGAAAGACA